AUGCUCCUGCGUUUUGUUGUGGAGGGCAAAAUCAAGUCCAACCUUCAAAUCAGUGAAGCAGUCUCGUAUCUCAAGAAGCUGCCAACGGGGACGCACGUGGAUCAAAAACUGUUUGAAGAAACGUGUGGUAUUGGCAUUACUAUUUCCGAAGAAGAAAUCCGCCGAGCAGUUUCUGCUGUGAUUGAUUCCAAGCGCAGCGAGUUAAUCAGCCAACGUUAUUCGUACCCUAUUCCAAGCCUUCUCUUCGCUGUUCGCCAGGGGAGAAUGAAAUGGGCGGACGGGAAGAAGGUCAAGGAGGAAUUUGACCAUCAAAUCGAAGCUUUGCUGGGCUCUCGCUCGCUGCUGGACGAACACAACGCGAAGCGACGAAACAAAUCGCGCGAUGAAACACCCGAUGGAUUUGUAGCCGCGUAA